CCGUAUACGGACAGACCUGAGUGUAUGACACACUGUCAGGACCUGGUUUAGGUGCAGUUACUUAUCACAACCGAGUUGCAGGCGCAUUUAUAAACAUGGGAAACCCCAGAGUUUUCUUUGACAUCACAAUUGAUGGCGGUAACGCCGGCCGAAUUGUAAUGGAGCUCCGGGCUGAUGUGGUCCCAAAGACUGCAGAAAACUUCCGUGCUUUGUGCACUGGAGAGAGAGGUUUUGGCUACAAAGGCUCCACAUUUCACCGUAUCAUCCCUAAAUUCAUGUGCCAGGGUGGAGACUUUACCAACCACAAUGGAACCGGAGGCAAGUCCAUCUAUGGAGAGAAAUUUGCUGAUGAGAACUUCCAGUUGAAGCACAGAGACAUCGGGACAUUGUCCAUGGCCAAUGCAGGGCCCAACACCAACGGAUCCCAGUUCUUCAUCUGUACAGCCUCAACUGACUGGCUGAAUGGGAAGCAUGUGGUGUUUGGCAGCGUUGUGGAGGGCAUUGAUGUUGUCAAGGCAAUGGAAAAGCAAGGCACAAAGAGUGGCACUCCUAAAGCCAAGGUUGUGAUUGCUGACUGCGGUGAACUAAAAUAGUGCAGUUUGGUAGAUAAAUCCUUUAUCAUCCGUACCAGUCAGUCUUUACGGUUCAGCAUAUCAGCAGGAAACAGCAAGUGGUCCAACUUUGCCCUCCUAAAGAGUUUGUCGUGUUGACAUUUUUCCUGUAUUUUUUUUUCUUUGUACCUAUAAAAUCUUCCUUCUAAGAACAACAUUUGUUAACAAAACCUUGUUAAAAUGGUGGCAAUGUUGUUGUAAUUAAACCAACUGAAAGCCUG